AGUUCAUUAAAAAAAAGCACCGACCCUGACGUCAGGUGUUCAGCGGGGGCUUGGAGUAGAAGCAACUAUCAGAAAGUUUGCGGCAUCGUUGGAAAUCGGACGCCUUAAGCAUGCAGCAGGACAAUGAUAUUCUACCUAAAGAUUUUCCAGAAUUAAAAAAUGACACAUUUCUACGAGCUGCAAAAGGGCAGGAGACCCAGUAUGUUCCAGUGUGGUGCAUGAGACAGGCAGGCAGAUAUCUACCAGAGUUCAGAGAGUCAAGAGCAGGAAAAGACUUCUUUGAAACAUGCCGGACACCAUCUGCAUGCUGCGAGUUGACAUUACAGCCUUUGAGGAGGUUUCCUUUAGAUGCUGCUAUCAUCUUCUCUGAUAUCCUUGUCAUUCCUCAGGCACUAGGGAUGGAAGUGCUUAUGGUUCCUGCUAAGGGGCCAACAUUCCCAGAUCCUCUUAAAGACCCUGAAGACCUGAAUAGACUAAAAGUGAAGGUUGAUGUGACUGCAGAGCUGGGAUAUGUCUUUCAAGCUAUUACGCUUACACGCCAUAAGCUAGAAGGCAAGGUCCCACUGAUUGGCUUCUCAGGUGCUCCGUGGACUUUAAUGACGUACAUGAUUGAGGGGGGAGGCUCACCUACCAUGUCCAAAGCAAAACGCUGGCUGUAUAGCCACCCAGAAGCAAGUCACCGUCUGCUAAGGCAGCUUACAGAUGUAAUUGUGGAAUACCUUUUUGAGCAGGUCAAAGCUGGAGCACAGGCUCUACAGGUCUUUGAAUCACAUGCUGGCUGCCUUGGUCCCGUGCAGUUUACAGAGUUUGCCUUGCCUUACCUACGAGACAUUGCACACAGAGUAAAAGCCAAGUUAAAAGAAUCCAGUUUGGACACAGUCCCCAUGAUUGUUUUUGCAAAAGAUGGUCAUUAUGCAUUGGAAGAUCUAGCACAGUCAGAAUAUGAUGUUGUUGGUUUGGACUGGACCAUUGAUCCUAAAGCUGCUCGAAUAAGGACAGGAGGCCGUGUAGCACUUCAGGGAAAUUUGGAUCCAUGUGCCCUCUAUGCUCCUAAGGACAAAAUUGGAGAAAUAGUGAAGAAGAUGAUUGAGGGUUUUGGGAGCCAGCGAUAUAUUGCAAAUCUGGGACAUGGCUUAUAUCCAGACAUGGACCCUGAACAUGUUGGCGCUUUUGUUGAUGCUGUUCACACUCAUUCACGGGGAAACUAAAUAAGCUGCCGAUAAGGACUAAUACCUAUGAUGAAACACCGUUACAUAAAGAAUAAAAUGAACGUAAAGGUUAAA